UAACAGCACAGCCGCCGCAGUAAGCAUUACUGGUCUGGGCUGGCACUCUGGCCUCCAAUUCGGUCCCUCUUUACAGCCAACAAAAAUAGCGCUAAACCUCCAACGGAUGUCCGGUCGUCGAUGCUGUGGCUCAGGAAUCGGCACUAAGCGUCACUGCCGAAGGAAGGACAGGUCUAGAGCUGGAGCGCAACUUCCGCCAAGACCAGCGAGAAUGCCAAGAUGCGAUGUCACAAUCUCGCGAUUUUGCGACCAGACCAUCGGUCUGGAAAUGCUAGAUAUCUGAUUCACGGUCCAAGCCGACGACGAAGCUGGGAGGAAGCAAGACACCUGCAGUUGCACCUUCCCGGCUCUGCGAAGUUUGCACCUUCCAAUAUCAGACCAGACGUCAUGGACAGACCGUGCCAAAGUUUGGCGCCACCAUGGCUCCGGACUGCGCUUUGAUGCCCGUCUGGCUACGGGUAGUGGAAUGUCCCUCUAGAAAUUCUCAGGAGACGACUCUAUUCUCCUAGACGAGCAGAGGUCGGCACCAUGGUCCAUCUACGCUCGCGACGGCUCCUGAUCGCCCUGCCGGCAGCCUUUGGCCUGCUCGUCCUGACAUACGCCCUCACGCGCCUCCUCGUCUUCCUCGCCAUCUUUGGCAUCUUCCGGCCGCACGCGGGCAUCGCCAUCAGCCAGCCCGAGAUCGCCCUCGCCCACAACCGGAGCGAUGACCGGGUGCCGGUGGUGCCCAAGAUCACGCACCAGAUCUUCCACGCCUGGGAGCACCCGGGGAGCACGAAGCUGCCGCCCCACUGGGAGGAGGCUCGCCGGACGUGCCAGACGCUGAAUCCAGACUGGGACCACAAGAUCUGGUAUACCGAUACCUCGCGGGCCUUUCUGGCUGAGCACUACCCAUGGUUCCUCCCGACCUACGACGGCUACAGAUUCCCGAUCCAGCGCGUCGACGUGCUGCGCUACUUCCUGCUGCGCCACUAUGGCGGCAUCUACCUCGACCUCGACAACGGCUGCGCCGCCAGCCUGGACCCCCUGACCUAUUACCCCGCCUUUACGACCGACGGCGGCCGCGGCGCGCUCAGCAACAACAUCAUGGGCGGCCAGCCCAGGCAUCCCCUGCUCGUGCUGCUGACGGAGCAGCUGCCGACGUGGGACUGGAACUACUUUCUGCCCUACGUCAUCAUUAGCUAUACGAGCGGCCAGUGGUUCGUCACGGCCAUGUGGGAGCGUUACCACUGGCUGCUGCGCGACGGCACCGUCCCCGGGAUGGAGGGCACCGGCUGGAGGCCGCUACACCACGUGCUGAUGGAGAUGAGGCCGGGGGCCGACGGCUGGGUCUUUUUCACCCAGGUCCGCGGCGGCACCUGGUCCAACUGGGACAGCCACUUUUUUCCGUGGCUCGGCGACCACCUCGUAGAGGUUGGCGUGGCGGCUAUGGUGCCGUUCCUGGCGAUCCUGACGUGCGUGUGGUGCGCGCGUCGGUCUCGACCUCGGUACCGGCCGUUGGCGGGUGAGGAGCACAAUCUUGGGUAGUCUGGUGUAGACGUCUCAUAUGAAUACGAGUCACUGGUCGGUGGGAGCUCCGGAACGGCAAUUAUAAGGAUGCCGGUCCACCAGUAAUAGCACUAGUAGAUUCUUAUACAUGCACUGCAAGGUCCUGCC